UCUUCCACAACAUUAAACCGCACUUAACACAAUAAAGACACGAAAUAUAAAAAGCAGAAGCAAUACUAUAGGAACAAAAUUGAAAGGGAAUAUUUUCAGCAUCAUUCCUCAAAAUAAUUUCAUUAUUGUUCAAGGCAACAACUGGGUCUUCCAUGUUUUUCUCUUCACUUCAAAAAAUUUAAAACCCCCCCAAAGAUAAAGAGAAUACAUAAAGACCACCAACCAGCCCACACAAACUACAACCAUCGUUCUUGAACAUCAAAUAGAGAUGAUGAAAGUGGCUUCGCCUCGUGCAGAGAAUGAUUCAAUCACGCAGAAAGUUUUCAGGCGAGUCUACAGUAAUUUUAGUUUCUCGACGGUCGACGAUGACUACAACCAUAAUCGUUGGAGAUCAAGAUCAGGUGAUUACGGGAAGGAGAGUUUGAGGAAGAGAGGGUUUGAAGAAAAAGAACAAGUUAUGGAGAUGGAGCAGAUGGGAGCUGAGAGGAUCAAAACUGUUCUUAUUCUGAUGAGUGAUACCGGCGGUGGCCACCGUGCAUCCGCUGAGGCUAUACGUGACGCCUUCAAUAUCGAAUUCGGAGAUGACUACCGGAUAAUCAUAAAAGACGUUUGGAAGGAAUACACGGGAUGGCCACUGAACGACAUGGAGAGACAGUACAAGUUCAUGGUGAAACAUGUUGGUCUUUGGUCAGUCGCGUUUCAUGGUACCUCUCCCAAAUGGAUUCACAGAAGUUAUCUCAGUGCUCUUGCCGCCUAUUAUGCCAAAGAAAUAGAGGCUGGUUUAAUGGAGUAUAAACCCGACAUUAUUAUUAGCGUACAUCCUUUGAUGCAACACAUCCCAUUGUGGGUAAUGAAAAGGCAAGGACUUCAAAAGAAAGUCAUUUUCGUGACGGUUAUCACUGAUCUGAACACUUGCCACCGUACAUGGUUCCAUCAUGGAGUCAGCAGAUGUUACUGCCCAUCCAAAGAGGUUGCAAAGAGAGCAUUAGUAGAUGGUCUUGGAGACUCUCAGAUUCGUGUCUUUGGCUUACCUGUCCGCCCAUCAUUCCCACGCACUAUUAUCUGCAAGGAUGAUCUAAGGAAAGAGCUUGAGAUAGAUUCAAAUUUACCUGCGGUUCUGUUAAUGGGAGGUGGUGAAGGAAUGGGUCCGGUUCAGAAAACCGCUCAAGCCCUCGGAGAUUCUUUAUAUGACUCUAAAGAAAGAAAGACAAUAGGACAACUGAUAGUAAUAUGCGGCCGGAACAAAACCCUUGCCUCUGCAUUAGCAUCGCAUGAAUGGAAGAUUCCAAUCAAGAUUCGUGGGUUUGAGACACAAAUGGAGAAAUGGAUGGGAGCUUGUGAUUGCAUCAUUACAAAGGCCGGUCCAGGUACAAUUGCAGAAGCAUUGAUUUGCGGCCUCCCAAUUAUCCUCAAUGACUAUAUUCCCGGACAGGAAAAAGGCAAUGUGCCGUAUGUUGUGGACAAUGGGGCUGGGAUUUUCACUCGAAGUCCUAAAGAAACAGCGAAAACUGUGGCUGGAUGGUUCAGUAGCAAGAAAAACGAAUUACAUAAAAUGUCAGAGAAUGCUCUUAAGUUGGCGCAGCCUGAGGCAGUGUUCGACAUUGUUAAGGAUAUACACCAUCUAUCUCAACAGCAGCAACAACGUAUUCAACUUCAUAAUGAUUAUUCCUACUGACUAUUUCUACUUUAGCCUUCAUAUUCCUCUUAUUUCAUGAAGUGUUAUGCUUGUAUAUUGUCUAGUGCACUGUCAUUCUUUGAGCAUCUUUUGUAAUAUUUAUAUAUGCAUUGUCAUUCUUUGAUCAAUCUUUGUAAUAUCUAUCACCUUUAAAUUUAUUUUUAAUGUGCUGAACAAGAAAAAGUCUGAUAAAAA